CGCGAUUUUCCCAGGCCUGUGUGAGCGUGUGCGUGUGCGUGAGGAGAGAGUCAAUCAAUCCGAGCCUGUCUGAGAGCAACCUUAAGCUCAACCUUGGGAAGCUGUGCACCACCACCACCGACAGCCUGCACGACGACACGCCCCACGUCCAUUCCCAUUUCCCCUCCUUUUCCCAGCCGUGCAAGACACCGUACACAUCUUGGUGCCCUGUCAGACUCGUCUCUUCUGACCGUCUUGCCGGCCCCAAUUGACUGACUGACUGACUGACUGCCUGCUCCUCUUUUCUCUGCCCGCGUCUUCAAGCUCCAUCCCACCACACAACACACCCACGCACAAAGUGCAUUGAGACGCGUGCUCUCGAGGUCGGCCAUCACGCUGCGUCACACCUGCGCCUGCCAACACACCGGCAGUCCUUCCGUUGCGGCCACAUACCCACCGUCCCACCUGCCAACAAGCCUCCUCCUCUCGCAGGAGCAGCUCUUUCGACGCGACUCGACCCCCGCAAAUAGCAUGUUGACAUAGAACACCAUUCUUACAUGGCAGCUGUAUCCAUACCACCCUCGCCCGUCCCCUCCUAUCCCUCCAUCAUGUCCACCUCCACCAGCCGGGUCCCUCUGUCCUCCAACCCGAAUGUCGCCAACUCCCCCAUCCGAAACUCGGCCCUCGCCGCCGCCCUGAGCAAGCAGAGACAGCAGAAGAGGGCCUAUGCCAGCCUGCAGAGGGAGGAACCCUAUGGGCAGCCACCUCCCACAAAGAAGCAGAUGCUCAAUGACGGCACCGAGAAGCCUGCGAGGUCCCCCGUCAGGCAGGUCAAGGUCGUCCGCCGGGACCCAACCAGGGCACACAAGGACGACAAGACUUCCCACGAGAGGAUAUCAAAGUCUCAGCGGGAGGAGGAGAGGGCUCGCGUCCACCAGUGGAAAGAGGCCCAGCGCCGCAACUUUCCCGGCUUCGUUUUUUACUUCGAGAGCGUCCCCAACGAGCAGAGGGCAAAGAUCGUGAAGCAGCUGGCCCACUGGGGUGCUCGGGAAGAGAAGUUCUUCUCCAAGGACAUCACGCAUGUUAUCACCACGCGUCCGAUCCCACCUGCGAAAAAGACUUCUGGCCCCGACGCCGCCCACCACACCGCAGACCAAGACAAUGACCGACGCGGCCAGUAUGAUAUGCCACGGACUAUUGAUCCGUCUCUGCUCAGCCGCGACACAGGCACCAAGGAUGUGAGGAGGAGGCUUUUUGAGAGCGCCGGCCGCAAGCUGCCGGCUCCUGCCCCGGCCGAGGACAACCUUCUCCGCCAGCCAACAGCUGCUCGGAAGACGGACAUACUGGUGCGAGCACGGGAGAUGGACAAGAAGAUCUGGGCCUUCAGCAAACUGGUCAAGAUCCUGGAGAUGCUGAAUGAUCCGGACCCGUUCGGAACCGCCGCUGCCCCCAAGGCUGCCGAGGAGGCCAACCUCGCCCAGCUCCUGAACAAGGAACGGACCAGCGGUCCCUCCGACAGAGACCCAACCGUGGCAACAAAGGAGCUCGUCUUUUUCAAGGGGCCUUAUAUCUAUGUCUAUGACAUUGAGGAGAAACAGAAGCCUAUCAUGGUCAGAGAGUAUGCCAAGGUUGCCGAUAAGAAGGACGGGGACUGGCCACAAUUUCGAUCAACCCAAAAUGGCCGUUGCCCCUUCGUGGAGGACGACGAGCUGAGUGAGCGGAAACGUCAGGCCGAGAAGGCCGCGAGGGACAAGGAGCGCCAGGAGAGAGCUGCCAAGGACGCGGCGACCACGCUGAAGCCGGCCGCCACCGCGAAUGCAAAGUCUGCCGUGCCCAAACGCACCCUCACGGAGAUGGAGGAUGGGCACAACGUCCGGUCCACCUCACGGGUCCCCGACGUUUUUGAUCUCGCCAAAGCUGCCAACCCCCCGGCCAUUGACUUCCACAAGCCUCAGGCCUUUACCAGUCGUGCUCGCUCCGCCCGUCUCCUUGCCGGUGAGCCCGUCGCGUCUGGCGUACAGAAGUCCAACAUCACCUCUGCGAUCCGAUCUCAGAUGAUCUCGUCCGCGAGUGGUAUCCGCGGAGCCAAGGCAGGAACCAGCAAGGAGCUCUAUGGUCUCCAGCGCCAGGUCCUCGAGAAGAGCAACGCGCCGUCUGCCAACCCUACCUCCCAGGACACGAGCUCGCGCCGCCUGGCCGAGAUGAGUCUCGACACAAGCAACAACCAACGGUCAGCAAGCCUCGGCGUAAGCUCCCGCAAGCUGGCCCAGAUCGAGGAGCGGUCAAAGGAGCACAAGAGGACCCUGAGUGCCCCAGCCAACAAGCCCAAGAAGCGCGAUUUGAAGCCAGGGUACUGUGAGAACUGCCAGGACAAGUUUGCCGAUUUCGACGAGCACAUUGUCUCGAGGAAGCAUCGAAAAUUCGCCGAGAAUGAUGUCAACUGGACCAAAUUGGACGCACUUCUCAGUCAGCUCGAGCGGGUCCCAAAGUACUCCGAUGAACUCGGCGAGGAGCACUCUGACUGGUGACGGCCUCAAACCCAUUUCAAGCCCAACACCAUGUCAUAUCCGCAACGCCAUCCGGUCUCCAUGCGACCAUCGCUUCACUUGCUCCAACACAUUGCUCCGGCAUCAAAAAAGCAUAUUGCGCGCUGCGGCUUUCGUACUGCCCCGUCGGCGUCUCAUACUCCAAUUUGCGGGACCUUUGACCGAUUCUCGUUUGUUUUAUUUGAUUCCUGCGUUGGUAAAUGCAAUUCAACGCUCCUUCGAAGCAUUUACGGGGAUGGGAUUGCGAUGAUACCUCAUCAUGAGACACGUUACUGCAACACAUUUUGUCGCCUUUUUUUAUUUUGGCUCGCUCGCCCGCACAUUUUUUGUGAUGCAUGCUUCGUGCGGAGCAUGAGCGGGAUUCGACAGGCCGGAGUAGCGCGAUGGUGCAGCGCACGAGGGGGGGUGUUAAUGGAGUUUCUUCUUGGCAGAUACUUGCUUAGAUUCGAACAAUGGCAUGGAGGGUAUAGGGCGAGACGACAUGGUCGAGCUGGCCAAAAAGCCUCUGGUACUGGACCGCGGGGGCUCUUCUGGGUCCAAUCAACCUGUCACAUGGAUCAUGGUCUUAUUAGCUAUACAGCAGGAAGAGGCUGGCAAGACGCGCAGGCUCUCGGUUGCGCGCACAGUACGAGAGUCUAUGUAUAUUAAGCCGUAUUCAUAUACUGUGUCGAGGAUAUGAACAUACAAUCAAGCAUCUUCAAAUGA